UGGACAAAGCAAGCAUUUUGCAGAUCUAUCUGCAUUCCGUGGUCUUUCCAACGAGUACAUUCAGUCUGAUUUUUGCUACUGAAUUUUACUUCCAGUCUCCUGAACUAGGAAGCAUUGCUUUCGCUCAUACUUUAUUCAAUACUGGUGCCUCGAUGUUGAUUAAUAAUUUUUUUGGUAUUAAUUUGAUGAAAUGGAUCAAAAUUGGGUAUAUAUCUCAAAUGGGUGUUGAUAACAUGACACGCACAUUAAACGUAAUCAAAGAGUUCCGGAAUGAAAUCGUGCGUGAAAAGAAAAUGGAUCGCAGUUUAGCUCAAGUCAACUGGAAUAUUGUGAAUGCAUAUGCUAAGUUAUCCUUGGGAUAUCCGUAUCCGCCAUUGAAGAUACCGGUUGACUGGGAAAAUAAUAUCGCAUCGGAGUAUUUGAAAGAAACUUAUAUGUGUUGCGAAGUUUGUCCAAAUAUGCAGAAAACUGAUUAUGCAACUGUUUAUAAAGCAGCUUUAAAAAAUCAACGAAAAAUAAUGGCAAAUUUAAUCAAAUCCGUGAUAAGAAGAAAAUUUGAACAAUGUUUCAUUGACGCUGAAUGUGAUUCUAUCUUGAGGAAAGCAGUCGUUUUGUAUGAAGAAGGCAACUCGAAUGCACCUGUUCAACUUUUCAGUGAUUUGUUAAUAAUCAAGCCUAUGUGGAAACAUAUGAAACGGUUUUUCGAUUUACUUGACACUCGUAAAAAGCAAAUCAUUCCAAGGAAUCGUCUCUAUCGUUGGUUUUACCACACGCGAGCCAGUAGCAUGUAUCAAAUUCUCAAUUAUGUGAUUACAAUUGCUGUCCUGUUUCCAAUUUUGGUUCAAGUGUUAAUUCAAAACCUAAUGAGGAACUACGAACCCUACACCUAUACAAUCGCGUUAAUUUUCUUCGUGUUUGACUGCUACGUGAAUAUUAUUGCAUUCUCAGCCAUGAAUUUAUCAGAAGGAACAAAAACUUACUUCAGUUCUUUUUGGCACUUGAUGGACUUUAUUUCAAUAUUCGGAGUUCUCGCCGAGUGUAUUUUAUCAUGGAUGGAAGUAACAUCAGGAACAUCAAGUCCUGUACUGGAAGGUUUCGCUUAUAUUAAAUUUGCGCGUGUGCCACGCAUUCUACAUUUUUUACCUCUGGUUCUGCCAAAAUUUAUGUUCUCGAUGGAAUACGGUACAGAAUUGAGAAAAAUGUUGGCAUAUCAAUGUGUGCUAGCAAUGAAUGAUUGCAUUAAUGAAGUCCUUAUCUAUUGCAAACGUUGGGAUCAGGAAGUAACCGAUGAUGUUCUCCGAGCGUUGACGCAUGAACUACAGAGCAGCAAGAUGGAACUGCAGGAAAUUAUUGUUCAGUUACAGACGGAAAUGCCGCUGACGACUUCAUCAGUUAAAACCAAGCAGACAUUGAAUGCCAGCAGAUGCUGCAUGAAUAACUAUCUCAUUAAGUUAAAAUUUCAAGGUAAUAUUGACAGCAAUGAAUUUGUGUUUCUGAAGACAUUGAUUAAUGAUAAGCGAACAUACAAGUAUAGCGUACCACCGACUAACCCAACGUUGUUGUUUUUGGGAAAUUAUUGGAUUUCUAGUACAAGUGCAGCAGCAGAUUUCCUCAAAAGCCGGGCUGUUUUGCAAACAUGGCCAUCCGAUCAUCUCUUGGUUGAAGUAGGCGAUAAAGUAUUGGGAAUUUAUAUGUUGGUCAAAGGACAUUUGAUAAUUACACAUCGCGCGCGAUCUCGUAGGAAUAAUACGGAUAAUAAAAAAAUUCGUUUCGAUGAAUUUGAAAAUCACUUCAUUUCACCCGGAAAUACUUUUGGUGAAAUUGAACUCCUAACUACAGGAAGAUAUAAAUAUUCUCUACGAUGCGCUGAAGAGUGCAAAACGUAUUUUAUUAAUUUAUCGACGUUUUCUGAGGCGUUGGAAUUGAGCAAACAUCCAAUCAACGGACUUGAAGCAACUCUCUGGAAACGCAAAAUGAUGAAUAUGUGCACGGAAGUGCUGAUGCGUCAGCCAUCUUACAAGUAUGAGGAAAUGUGGGCCAUCAAGAAAAAGAUCCAACGUGCAUUCGUGCCAGACUUACGCUGUUACAAAACUUUUAUUUUUGUUGAUUCCAUUCGAGAUAUUGUUCUAAUCGAAGGUCAUGCAAUGAAUCUAUACACGCAAGAUAUUUAUACGGCGCCUGAAUAUAUUCCUAGAACAGCAAAGAAAUUGGUUCUGCCCCGUCCAAGACUCUUGAAAUCAAACAACCAAAUCCGCUAUGUAAUGACAACUAAGUUCUUGGUGAUACCCGUCGAUGAUAUUGAACCUAUCGCUGUUCUCGCGCAUGAAGAAGCUGCCGCCAGUAUGAUAAGUCAUGAUUUUGUUAAUUGUCCUUAUCACGUCAGCCAAACCAAGGGAAAACUUAAAGUUCGACGUCAAUUAAUUGAUCCAAAGAAAUUUCAACUCAACGAGGCUUUUUCAGCUUCUAUUGUGGGAUAUUUUUAGUAAUACAAGUUGCACAUAAUUUCACUGCUAAUUAAAUAUUAAUGGUUUAAUAUAAUAUAUUAUUUAAGUAAAAUAA